GGAUCCUGGGACUGCUGAGGCGGCCAGGACAGGAUUUCCCAUUCCCAACCCUUGGCUGGAUGGAGAAGGAGGGUGCAAGGACAAGGAAGAUGCCACGGAACACCCAGGCAGACCAGGAGCUGAGGAUGGAGGCCAGGGAGGACAAAUCCCCAUGGCAGAACCUCAUGGAAGAGGCCAUUUUGAGCAGCUCCACAGCACAGGAAUCGAAGGGCAAAGAAAAGCCCCGGAGAUCGCGCGCAAGGAGGGGCUGCAAACGCAGAUCACGGGGAUCUGAGGAGGAAAGAUCCAACCUGGGCCGGGAAGGCAGCCAGGGAUUGAGCCAGAGCUCGGACUUGGUGGUCCAUGAGCAACAUCAUGAUGGGGAGAAGCCCCACAAGUGCUUGGAGUGUGGGAAGAGCUUCAGCCGGAGCUCCGGCCUGAUUCAGCACCAGAGGACCCACACAGGGGAACGGCCGUAUGAGUGUGGGAUAUGUGGGAAGAGCUUCAGAGUCAGCUCCAGCCUGAUCCGCCACCAGAUUAUCCACACUGGAGAACAACCCUACGAGUGUGGGGAAUGUGGGAAGAGCUUCAGCCGGAGCUGCACCCUCAUCCGUCACCAGGUGAUCCACACUGGGGAGAGGCCCUAUGAGUGUGAUCAGUGCAGGAAGAGGUUUCAGCUCAGCUCCAGUCUCCUUGUGCACCAGCGUACGCACACAGACGAGAGGCCCUUCCGCUGCCCUGACUGCGGGAAGGGCUUCAGGCAAAACACCCAUCUUGUCAGGCACCGGCGCAUCCACACUGGGGAGAGGCCCCAUGAGUGUGAGGAAUGUGGGAUGAGCUUCAGCCGGAGCUCCCACCUGAUCUGCCACCAGAGGACCCACACUGGAGAGCGGCCCUAUCAGUGUGGGGAAUGUGGGAAGAGCUUCAGACAGAGCACCAACCUGAUCCAGCACCAGAACAUUCACACUGGGAAGAGGCCCUACAAAUGUGGGGAAUGUGGGAAGGGCUUCAGCCAGCGUGCCAACCUGGUCCAGCACCGGGUGAUCCACACUGGGGAGAGACCCUACAAGUGUUCAGAAUGUGGGAAGGGGUUUCGGAUCAGCUCACAUCUCCUCGUGCACCGUCGAACUCACACAGAGGAGAGGCCCUUCCACUGUCCCGACUGUGGGAAGGGAUUCAUGUACAACUCCACCCUCAUCAACCACCAACGGAUUCACACAAAGGAGAGGCCCUUCCGCUGCCCCGACUGUGGGAAGGGCUACAAGCACAAUUCUACCCUGAUCACCCAUCGGUGCAUCCACACUGGGGAGAGGCCCUACGAGUGUCCACAGUGUGGGAAGAGCUUCUCACAGAACUCAGCCUUGACCAAGCACCAACAGAACCACCAGUAAGGGAAGCCCUGUGAGUGCCCCGAUUUCAGGAAGAGCUUCGUGUGCUGCUCCAACUCCAUCCCCCACUGGAGGACCCUUGUUGAGAAGAGCUCUGGUGACCCACAUUCCCUGUGAUCUAUGUUGGAAGGCACCUAGCUGGUUAUCCUUUUGUUUUGGCCUUCAUUUUCUUCUGAUUCAUCUUCAUCCCUUAAAAACAGGCAAAACAGGCUUGAAAAGAAAGAAACUGAUCAAAGAUAUCUAAAGUCCCAGCAUUUCACAGUUGUUUUAGAGGGAAUUUAGGAUUUGGAGACAUGAUCUUGAGGAUUUAUGGGUUCUGGGAGGAUUUUGGGCAGUGUUCUCCAUCUCUUUGCACUGCAGAAACCAAGAGGGAUCGAUCUGCCUCCUCAUAGCAACUCAGUCCCACUGAAAACCAUACAGUUGUACACCAGAAGGGCUCAAUCCCAACUCAAAAUUGCUUGUUCCCUCCUCAAAAAUCUCAAUUGUGUGCCAAACUCACUUGAUUUCAAAGCCGCCAUGGUGAGAAGGGGUUGGAAGGAGACUGGGAGAAGUAGGAUCCAAAUUUGGAACGGUGGAUUGAGAUUGUGUGGGGCUGGGUGGGAUGUAUUUGAUAGUAAAUAAAACUUUUAGAGUUA